UCCUCUGGUCUUUACCUCAUUUUCUUCCUUUCUCUCUUAAAAUAGCUUCAAUCCAAAUCUCCCUUUCACUUCUGCAUGUUCAGCCUAGCAGCCUAGGCCAGUUCUAUCUUCAAAUCCUCAUCAUUGUUUUUCAUAGUCAACUUUUACAUAUGAAGAUCCAGUGUGACGUGUGCAACAAGGACGAAGCGUCGGUGUUCUGCACCGCCGACGAGGCUGCUCUCUGCGACGGCUGCGACCACCGUGUCCACCAUGCCAAUAAGCUCGCCUCCAAACACCAGCGCUUCUCCCUCAUCCACCCCUCCUCUUCCAAACUCUCCCCUCUCUGCGAUAUCUGUCAGGAGAGACGAGCUUUCUUGUUCUGUCAGCAGGACAGAGCAAUCUUAUGUAGAGAGUGUGACGUUCCGAUUCACUCUGCAAACGAACACACACAGAAGCAUAAUCGCUUUCUUUUCACAGGGGUCAAGCUCUCUGCUACCUCUACAGUUUACACAUCUACUGAGUCUGCUGCGGUUACUGAUCCCAAGCCUCAGCCUUUGAUCAAUAAGAAGCAGCCUGUUCCAGUUUCCUCAUCUAUUUCAAAUCCCUUUUCAGUUCCCAAGAUUUCAACUACUACUACUACUACUACUUCAGUUCCCAAGAUCUCAACUAGUACUAAAAGUGGUGCAAGUUUGAUACCAAAUGAUGGGGUUGGAUCAGUGAGUAGCAUAUCAGAGUAUUUGACUGAGACGCUUCCGGGUUGGCACGUUGAGGACCUUCUUGAUAUUUCGUCUAACCAUCCCUUUGGUUUCUGUAAGGCUGACAAUGAAGCUUUACCCUAUUUCGAUGAUGAUAUCCAAAGCAAUCUCAGCUCUUUCUCGUCACAGAACCCAGGGAUUUGGGUCCCUCAAGCAUCAAAUCCUUCUCUGCAACAUUCACAAAUGGGGUUCAAAGAGACCACAAAGGAGGCUGCUACAAAUAUGAACAUGAUCAAAGCCAACUAUAACAGCAAUCACAUCUCCAAUUACAGAUCAAUGUGGAACGUCGACGAUAGCUUCACAGUUCCUCAGAUUAGUCCUCCAUCUGUUGGCUCCAAGAGGUAUAGACCUUUUUGAUACAACUUUUUAACUUCCAACAACCCGGUUCUUAGAUCUUUUCGAAUGUUAAUUUCCAACGGUUGUAAUUUUGUGUCAAUUAUCUUUCGGUUUUUUUCCUACUUUUUGUAUGGAAGCCUGCUUCAUCAAAGCUAGAUGAGGUUCAGCUAGCUCUCCUUGCACUAGUCAUUGUAAAUAUCAAAGAAUUUCUGCAGCUUGCUUCUGCUUUUCAACUUUCAUUCAAUUAGCUAAUCUAUGC